AUGAAAUCAGCGUUAUUAAUUUUUAUAGUAAAAACAGUAUUAACAAUUGGAAUCAAUUUGAUUUGUGAUGAACAUAGCAAUAAUAAAAAAAUAGUCAAUGAACAGUUUAAAAAAUUACACGAUAUGAUUCAAAAUCUUACUGAUAAAUUAGAAAAUAAUCCCUAUUUUAAUUUAGAAAAUGAAAAUACCCGAGAUUUAGAGGGUAUAUUGGGUGAGUUUAUAGAAAAAAAUAAUUUUGAUUCUAAUUGUGAAGGUCCAGGAUGUCCUAAUGAAGAAACAAUUGAAAAAUUAAAAGAACUUUGUAAAGGUUAUUUUUUACAGAGUUUAUUUACAGAUAACGAACAGGCAAAACAUCCAUUUUUUAAUAAUCUUUGUUUUAAAAUUAACGAAUAUUUAACUGGUAAAAGUUUUAAUAAUAUUUUGGAUGCACAAUAUGAAGCAAAUAAUGGUGAAGAAUCAGGGUAUACCUAUGAAGGAACAGAGCAUAGAUUUAAAGUUUCAAAAAAUGUUUAUUUUAUUCAUCCCGUAACCAAAGAGAAGAUAUAUGCACUUGGUCCAAUAUCACCUAAUCCUAAUAGUGAUUUUUUUGAUCCAGAUGUAUUUUUCUUAAAUAAGAAUGUAAUUAUAAAACCUAUUAACGCUAAUGCAGAAAGAGAUACACUGUUAAAAGAAGUAUAUAAAAGAGGUGGUUACUUAAUUAAAGAAAUUAAACCUGCUGCAGAUGAUGAGGAUGGUAAAACUGGUGGUAUUUCAUUUAAGAAAAUAGGUAUAUCUUUUAAUCCUAAAACACGUCAAAAUCUAAAUUCUACUCAUAAUUUAAAUUCCAUAUUAGGAAAUAGAAGAUCAAAAGCUGAGCAUGAAGAAAACAUGAAAACAAUUGAUGAUAUUCAAAAUAUGAUUGAUAUUAAUAGAAAAGAGAUUGAUGAAAAUCGUAAUAAUGAUAAUAAAUACUUAAAGGAACAGAUAGAUGAAGCAAAUAAGAUAAAUCUUCAGAAUAAACUUGAUCAGUUUGAAAUAGAUAAAUCAGCAAAUCAAGUAGCAAAUAAUGGUGAUGAAGCACGUGCAAUGAUGUCUUCGUAA